AUGGCCAAAAAGAAUUACUAUGAAAACAUGACCCAAGACACAAAGGCUUGGGUCGAGGGUCUCUUCAGUUCCGAUCCCGAGGGGAGGAUAAAGGCAUGGAUCUCGCCCCAUGUCGACCCCAGCAGCCCCAUUGCGAAUGUAAGAACCUCCCACUUGAGCCUCCUCGGCGUUUCCCGCACCCUCAACGUCACAUAUCUACGCCCCGUCCCCGUCGGCAGCACCGUCCGCGUUGUCUGCGAAAUCGUCCACGUGGGUCGCAGGAUGGCCACCAUCAAGGCCACCAUGACCCGGGAGAGCGAUGGUGCCGUGCUUGCCAUCUGCGAGCACGGCAAGGUGAGCACGGAUGCGGACGCCAGCAGCAAGGCUUAG